AUGCAGGGCACCAGCCACACGGCCAUGAGAGCCACCGCAGGAAAAAGCCUGGAGUCCAUAGAGUUUCUCGACCAUCCCGCAGACAUCCAGAUGCAUUGCACAGCCUCCAGCCUUCCAGAGCUGUAUGAGGUGGCCAUCAAAGGAAUGAUGAGCUGCUCAGUGAGGAUAUCGGCGACGGACCGAAGACUCGGGAGGGUUGAGCUGUCAGAGACAUCAGACGAAAUGAACAUGGUGGGCCUUCUGACACACUUCAUGGACCUGAUGUACGGCGAGGGCCUGGUUGUUACAGAGGCCGCUGUACUUCUGAGGAAUGGCCUUCUUGUCUGUGACUAUGCCGUGACCAGUGGAUCCAGAUGUCAAAGCCUCUGUGAAAUCAAGGCAGUCACCCUGUGCGGUCUGAGAGUCUUUGAGGAAGAUGGCAUAUUUCAUUUGUACUGCAUCUUCGAUGUUUGA